AUGGAACCCGAGACGAGUCCUCACGGGGAAAGCAACAGCGACGGCGGCUCAAAUCCCCAAACCGGCAACGGCAACGGCAACGGCGCUCCCACCAAGCGUUCCCGCGUGCUCCUCUCAUGCGGCCCAUGCCGCACGUCCAAGCUGAAAUGUGACCGCUCCGAACCCUGCGGGCAGUGCCUCAAGAAGUCCCGUCCGGAGGGGUGCGUCUACGCCCCCAAGCCCCAGAAGCAAAAGCCCACCAAGGGCAUGGCGGCCCGGCUUAAACGGCUGGAGGGCAUGGUGCGGACGAUGAUGGAUGAUGGUGCCUCGCUCCCGCAGGGUGCCACGCCGACGACGGCCAGGGAGGAGGGCGUCGCGCAGCCCGGUGGCCAGUUCGUUCAGGGGGAGAGCUCGACGACAUAUGUCGGGGCUACGCAUUUCGCGGCAAUUCUUGACGAUAUCGAGGACAUGAAGAAUUAUUUUGAGGAGCCUGAGGUGAAUGAAGAGUGGAGUGGCGACAGCCCUGAUCAGACCGAUGAACUCGAGUCGCCGGAUGUGUUGCUCUUUUCGAGGAACAUGCCUCGUAACCGGGAAGACCUGAUGAGGCUCAUCCCUGAGAAGAAGAUUGUCGACCGUCUCGUCAUGAGAUACUUUUCCUCUCAAAGCCCUUCUCAACACAUCGUCCACAGGCCAACGUUUGUCAAACAGUACGCCAACUUCUGGAAGAACCCCUCCGUAAUCUCUCUCAACUGGCUCGCCCUCCUCUUCAUGAUCAUGUCCCUCGGCGUCUUCUACUCGACCUUCCUCGCCCCGCACGAGCUCACUUCCGACUCCCCGCUCCCGCCCAUGGACCGCUUCAAGCUCUUCCGCGCCGCCGCCGCGUGGUGCCUCGUCUGGGGCAAGUACACCCAGCCCUCCAUCGGCACGAUCCCGCCCUUCAUCCUCUACGUCGAGGCCGAGUUCAUCAUCUCCCGCGCCGCCCAGAUGAACUGCUACCUCCUCUCCUCCGUCUGCCUCCGCCUCCUCCUCAAGAUGGGCCUGCACCGCGAGCCCUCCAAGCUGACAAACAUCUCCGCCUUCGAGGGCGAGAUGCGCCGCCGCAUGUGGAACAUGGCCGUCCAGAUGGACCUCCUCGUCUCCUUCCACAUGGGCCUGCCCAGCAUGCUCAACGGCAUCGACAGCGACGUCGACCUCCCCCGCAACCUCGUCGACGAGGACUUUGACGAGCACACCCCCGAGCUGCCCCCGCCGCGGCCCAUGACCGACUACACCGAGAUGACGUACCCCAUCACCAAGUCCUCCCUGAUGCGCGUCUUCGGCCAGGUCGCGCGCCAGGCGCACCUGCUCGCCCCGCCGCCCUAUGCCGAGGUCAUGCGCCUCGACGGCCUGCUCAACGACACCUGGCGCGCCGUGCCGCAGUUCAUGAUGGUCAAGCCGCUCGAGCAGUGCGUCACCACGCCCGCGAUGCAGGUCAUCCAGCGCUUCGGUCUGGCGUCGCUGUACAACAAGAGCAGGUGCGUCCUACACCGCCGUUUCCUCCUCGAGCCGGUGCCCAAGAGGGAGCACGACUACUCGCGCUGGCAGUGCCUCGAGGGCGCCAUGACGCUGCUCGAGUUCCAGAACACGAUAUGGCACGCCUGCCGGCCGGGCAACAUGCUCGCCCAGAACGGGUGGUUCGUCUCGUCGCUGGCCGUGCACGACUUCCUGCUCGCGGCCAUCAUUCUGUACCUCGCUGUCGGGCACGAGCAGUUCUGGCAGGAGGGCGGCGAGUUUCUGCCUGAGUGGAUGGACAAGAUGAGUCCCAGGCCCACGAAGGAGCACCUCCUGCAUCUCCUGCAGCGGUCUUAUUCUGUCUGGGUCAGCAUCGCCGCGGACGUGCCCGAGAUCAAGAAGACGGCGGACGUGUUGGAGACGAUGUUGGGUAAGCUAGGCUCGCCGCCCAGUUCGCCGCCGAAGGAGGACGGCGUGCGGCAGCCGGCUUCGGUGCAGCGGAGCGAGGGGACGGGGACAUCGGGGACGCUGUCCAGCCGCGACGCGCAGCUCCUUACGAAUCUUUCACUCAGCGACGCGGCAUCGUUUCCUUCAAGCGUCACGAACCAGGUGACCAAUCACUUCCAGCCCCUGAGCUUUGUCAGCCCGGGCUUGGGAUCGAGCGACUCUGCUACGCUCGACCGUGGAUGGAUCGAGGUUGGCAACGAAAUGGACUGGCGCUACUUUGAUAACAUCAUGGGCCAAACCAACAACGACCCCAUCGGCGACUUCGACGCGGCCCAGACGACGCCGUGGUUCGACCGAGGACCGCUCCCCAACGACUUUGACUUCUCGGCUGCCGGGGCUUGGGACCCGAACGUGGGACAACAAGGUUGA